AUGUCGAAGGAACCCAUCAAAACCCACCAGCGCAGACCUAACCCGACACAGGAGCCUGCACAACACACCAAGAAAAUAUACACACAGAGAGGUGAGAAAAAUAAAAUUGGGGAUUCAAAAUUAUUGAUAUCUUUUACAGCAGAGUCAACAGUGCCAGGGGUGAUAGAAGCUGUGCUUUCAGCGGCAUCACGGCCCAGCUACUCAGUCAUCUUCAUCACCGACCUCACCAUCUCUACGUCCUAUGUGUUUCAGAUUACAGAUCACCUGCGGAUCCCGGGAGGUGUUGGCUCCUUCGUAAAGGGCUUCGACUCCAACGCGACGACGGAGACUUUCUUCUCUGUGAUGUUCCCAGAUAUCAAGCGACUGCGGCAGCGGUCAUCAUACCCGACAGUUGUUGUGAUAAGCGACGACCUCGCCUUCCUCGCCACCUUCGUCAAGUGGUCCCUCAAGGGCCGCCUUCUGGUGUGGUCGACGAGGCUCCUGGUCGUCACCCGCCUUCCCCUCCACCACCUGCACCACCACUACACCGCCUUCUCCAAGAUGAAUGCCAUGUUGCUGAUCAUCCACGACGACGACGACAUCGCCAGCAUAAGGUGCAACGUGUAUGUUCAGUUGCCGUUCAGUCCCCGCGGGACCCAGCCAUUGUGGGUAGCCUCCUGGACGCCCCAGCGAGGCCUCGCUCUCACCUCCAGCCUCCCGCUCUUCCCAGACAAGUUCUCAAGGUGA